UUGAAAAUUCCCGCCGAUCGGAGAGCAAUCUCCUCCAGUCGUCCGAGCCAACUUCGCCGGCCAGGCGUCUGUCGACAUCAGAAUCGUCGUCUUCGUUGAAAUCCGGUCACGAGGGCAAACCUGACGAAGAAGAAAUUCAAAAAAUAUUCAGCAAACGCCAACGGAAAUUCAAAAAGCAAAAUCCCGAAUCGACGGAAGAAUUGACUGUUGCCCUGCAAGAUGAGGUGCUGCGAAUCAAAUCCGUCCAGGCUUCCGGCAAAGUCAAAGCUAUCGACGUCCACGUUUCUAACAAAGGAGAGCUCAGGUUGUUGGCAUUGUUACGCGGCAAUUCGUUCGAGAUCCACGUUGUGGAUACCAAAGUCUCCAACAAAAAUGACGCAACUAAAGUCGGGGCUCUGUCCAUCCCCGGACAUCGCACAGAUGUACGAGCCCUUUGUUUCAGCUCGGACAAGAUUGCAUUGGCAUCAGCCAGUGGCGAGUCAUUGAAAAUCUGGAACCGAGGCUCCCAGAAUUGUAUCCGAACAAUGGCGUGUGAUUACGCCCUGUCGAUUCUCUUCGCCACUGGCGACCGCAACGUGAUCGUCGCCACGAAGACGGGCAAGCUUCAAAUCUUCGACAUUGCAGCCGGACGACUGCUGGAAGAAAUUCGAGCUCACGAGGGCGAAGCCUGGACUGUGGCCAUGAGCCCAGAUCUUCGAGGAAUAGCCAGUGGAGGCGCCGACAAGAGCGUGAAAUUUUGGCAAUUUGAAUUGGUGGUGGACAAGGCAGUGGAGGAAGAAGAUGAGGACGGUCAGAUGAGAGGACACGGCGGUAAAAGAAUGAGUCUGACCCACACGAAGACGUUACAGUUGGAAGAAGAUGUCCUUUGCGUUCGAUUUAGCCCCGACCAACGUCUCAUUGCGGUUUCUCUGCUCGAUUCGACCGUGAAAAUUUUCUUUGCCGACACGCUCAAAUUCUUUUUGUCACUCUACGGUCACAAGUUCCCCGUUCUCUGUAUGGAUAUUUCUUACGAUUCCACUACCAUCAUCACCGGUGGUGCCGACCGCAACAUCAAAAUUUGGGGGUUGGACUUUGGCGAUUGUCAUCGGUCCAUUUUCGCUCACGAGGACAGCAUCCUGGGACUGCAGUUCGUCUCCAAGACGCAUCUCUUUUUCUCCUGCGGCAAGGACGGCAAGCUGAAGCAGUGGGACGCGGACAAUUUCGAGAACAUCACCACCUUAUCGGGUCAUCACGGACAAGUGUGGACGCUGGCCGUUAGUGAGGAUGGCAAGUACGUCAGCACGGCUGGACACGAUCGCUCUAUUCGUUUAUGGGAGCGCACCCAGGAACCGCUGGUGCUCGAGGAUGAACGCGAGACUCAGCGUGAAGCUGAAGCCGACCAGGCAUUGGCUCUUGGCGAGGAUCGGGUGAUGCCCGGCAUCAAGGCGGGCGAGGAAGCCUCCCUGCCCGGCCGCAAAACGGUGGAAACUGAACGGGCAGCCGAGAGGAUCAUGGAAGCUGUCGAAGUUCACAAGGAAGUCUCGCAGCAGUUGGCCGAGUACCGUGAAAAAAUCGAUCUUCAUCAGCAAUCCGGCCGGAAUGCCAGUGAAGCUCCCGCCGCUCCUCAACUCCAUCCGCUGAUGGUGGCGUACGACACGACCGAUCCCGACAGGUAUUUGUUGAAGGUGUUGCGCCAGGUGAAAUCCAGCGAAGUGGAGGAAGCCCUUCUGGUGCUGCCCUUCCAUUACGUCGGCAGCCUGUUGUCCCUGCUGGAUCAGUUGCUAGAAAAAGGCUGGGAAACGGAAUUGGUGAUGAGGAUCCUGCUCUUCCUCGUUCGUCUCCACCACGGCCCCCUGUCCAACACUCCUUCCCUGCUGCCGAUCCUGAACCGACUGCAAGGAGUGGCCCGAAAACGCGUGGAUCAAGUCCGCGAUCGCAUCGGUUUCAACUUGGCUGGACUUCAGUACCUGCACCGAGAACUGGAAGAACGCGAGGCCGUACAGUUAUUCGCCGACGCUUCCGACCGUGUCAAGCAGAAACGCAAGCAACGCCGCAACAAAGACAAAGCCAAACAAAGGGCCAUUCUGACACUGUAAAAUUAUGGAAAAGAAAUAAUGACAGAAAAAAAGAGAAAAUUUCAAUAAAAAAAAGUUAA